AUGGACACCGUGGUGAUGGAUCACGAUCAAACCAUUAGCCCAAACGAGGCUCAGCUUCCUCACAACAACAACAUUCCAGACGACAACAUGGGUGGUCUGGAGGAUUCACCUCAAAUAACACCCGACCAAAACGGCUUCCCAGAUCGCCAUUACCAACAGCAAUUCGAUCAGAACCUCAACAGCUCACCACGGUCAUAUUCCCAACACGACAACUUUGACUCAGACCGAUAUGCCACACCACCAGCACCCCAGCCUUCAACAUCACGACCGCCCUCGGGGCUCGGAGGCCAGAACCCAUCCCAGUCCGCCGAAAACGGCUCCCGGACAACCGCCGGCGGGAGUUCCAGCGAGCAAGCCAACGGGCGCAAUCAUGUGGUGAUCAAGGUUGGCAUGGUCGGUGAUGCGCAGAUUGGCAAGACAAGCUUGAUGGUCAAAUAUGUUGAAGGCAGUUGGGACGAGGACUACAUCCAGACUCUGGGCGUUAACUUCAUGGAAAAGACCAUUAGCAUCCGCAACACCGAGAUCACCUUCAGCAUUUGGGAUCUUGGCGGUCAACGCGAGUUCGUCAAUAUGCUGCCGCUCGUGUGCAACGAUGCUGUAGCCAUCCUCUUCAUGUUCGACUUGACCCGCAAGAGCACGUUGAACAGCAUCAAGGAAUGGUACCGUCAGGGGCGAGGAUUCAACAAGACGGCCAUUCCCGUCCUUGUAGGCACAAAGUACGAUCACUUUGUGAACCUUUCGCGGGAGGAGCAGGAGGAAAUCUCCAACCAGGUACCAUCACUUGCUCGGCGAUUCGCCAAGGCGAUGCGUGCGGCACUGAUCUUUAGCAGCACCAGUCACAGCAUCAAUGUUCAAAAGAUCUUCAAGAUCGUACUAUCCAAAGCCUUCGACCUAAAAUGCACAAUUCCCGAAAUUAGCAACGUUGGCGAGCCACUUCUCCUGUACCAGUCUGUAUAG